UCUGUUUCUGUUGCAGAUGGGAGUGAGUGAAGAUUUUAUCAUACAGACUUCUCUCAGUUCAUCAACAGUUAAUAGGUUUAGAACAAAGUAUUAAUGCACCCUUUGACUUUUCUCUAGAAAAAGUAAAACCAUCUUUUUCUCCCUUAAUAAUAUAUGCUCUUAUAUUUAAGACCAUAACCCAAGUCUUGUGUGCAGAAAGAAAGCUCACCUUCCCCCACAAACCCAUCUUCUAGAAAUAAUUUUAUCUCCCUCCUUUGCUCAGAGAGAUUGAGAGAGAGAGAGAGAUGGGGAGAGCUCCUUGCUGUGACAAGGCAAGUGUAAAGAGAGGGCCAUGGUCACCUGAAGAAGAUCAGAAGCUAAAAGACUAUAUCGAGAAGCAUGGGACUGGAGGAAACUGGAUUGCUCUACCACAAAAGGCUGGUCUUAGAAGAUGUGGGAAAAGCUGCAGAUUAAGAUGGCUCAACUAUCUCAGGCCUAACAUUAAACAUGGAGAAUUUUCAGAUGAUGAAGAUAGGAUCAUAUGCACCCUCUUUGCCAAUAUUGGGAGCAGGUGGUCAAUAAUAGCAGGUCAGUUACCAGGGAGGACUGACAAUGAUAUCAAGAACUACUGGAACACAAAGCUCAAGAAGAAACUCCUCAUGUCUUCAUUAAUGCUCCCUAAUCCUUUUGUUAGGCCUCCUAAUAAUAUUAAUAACUACCAACAAUACCUAUUUUCAUCACCAUCUCCUUCUUCAUAUUCCUCCCCAUUGCCUCCAACAUUGAGACUUUGUGACAACAAUUACCCAACCCUAGGUGCUUCUAGGUCAUUCACAAGUGAGGGCUUCUCAAAUAUUUCAACAACCCUUUUUAAUAUCCAGCCUCAAGAUCAGGUUUUGGGUUCCAUGCAAAAUUAUCAAGAGAAAGAAUCACCUCUCAUUAUGUUUGGAGGGGCAGGUGAUGAUCAGCAGGCUGCUAGCUCUAGUUCUUAUGAUGAACAGUUCAUGAUGUUCUCCAACUGUGGGAUGAAUAGCAUUGCUGAUGAACAGAAGCAAGUAAAUCUUGGUGUGUCUAGUGGUGAUCAUGAGAUUGUUAGCAAUGUACUGGAUCAGUAUAACAUGAGUUGUGUUGAGGAGAUUAAGCAGCUGAUUAGCACUAAUAAUCUGUCAUGUAAUUCCAAUCUGAGUUUCUUUGUUGAUGAAAACAAGACAGUGAGAAGUGAGGAGGAGAAAGUGUUGAUGUACUACUGAUGUUGAUUGUUUCUGCAGCUGAGGGUAAGGUGGUGGUAUAGUAAUAAAUAGCUGCCUAUAUGAGUAGUAGUAAAACUAGUACUGGAAGAGAUUCAUGUGAGACAGUAUAGUGGGGGAUAUGGUUAUGGCAUGAGCUUUUGUUUCCUCAGCAUCUUUCUGGAACAGUACACUGUACACGGCAGUGCUCAGUAAAAGUUCUCUCUCUUUUUGACAUUGCUUUUUGGGAUAAGAUCUGUUUGUUACAAGCUAGAACUACUGUGCAGUGUGCUGUUUAAUUAGUUGCAUCCCAUUUGUAUGUUUAGAUAUGAGCUGAUCUUGUUAUAAUGGAAACUAUAUUAUAUAUA